AUGGUUACAUCAGUUGUGCCUACCAUUAUUGAGCCUACAUGCUUCAGUCAAGCUAUCAAGCAAGUUGAAUGGCGUGAAGCCAUGGCUACUGAGUUUAAUGCACUCCAAGUCAGUGGUACGUGGUCUCUUGUUCCUCCUAAAGCAUCAAUGAAUGUUUUGCCUAACAAAUGGGUGUUUUGUAUUAAGCGAAAAUCGGAUGGUUCCAUAGAAUGGUACAAGGCUCGGCUAGUUGCUAAUGGAUUUCAUCAACAAGAAGGAAUUGAUUAUGCCAAGACGUUUAGUCCAGUGGUUAAACACACUACUAUUCGUACUGUUAUUGCUUUGGCUACUCAUUUUAAUUGGCCUAUUCGGCAGCUUGAUGUUCAAAAUGCCUUUUUGCAUGGAUAUAUUUCUGAAGAAGUCUACAUGCGACAACUAGCAGAAGUGGUACCUCAUGGCACUCAAGUUCAUCUGACUCAAAGCAAGUAUGCUGUUGACUUACUUCGCAAGACCAAGUUUCAAGAUGUUAAGCCACUUUCCUCUCCUGCUGCUCAUGGAAAACGUCUAAGUGUUAAUGAUGGUGAUGUUCUUGUUGAUCCGUCUGAGUACCGCAGUGUAGUUGGAGCUCUUCAAUACUUGACCGUAACUCGUCAUGAUCUUGCAUUUGCUGUUAACCAAGUCUACCAAUAUAUGCAUCGUCCUACAACUUCUCAUUGGAUGGCAGUCAAGAGAAUUCUGCGUUUUGUGAAGUCUACUUAUGAUCAUGGUUUGGUCUAUUCUCCCGGUAAUUUACAAUUGCAAGCAUUCUCUGAUGCGGAUUGUGCCGGUGAACCAGAUGAGCGUCAUUAUACUGGCGGUUAUUGCAUUGCCUUGGAAAUAAUUGUUUGGGCCCAAUUUAUAUUGGUUAUCUUAUAA